AUGCACUCUUUAUUGACUCUCUGUUUCUUCUUGAGUUUCAGUCAAGCAGUCCCUAUUCACGAAACUUCCAAUCUGCUGGCAAGAAAUGAUCAUGAUCUCCAACGCGGCGGGUUCUCUCUUCCUAUCCAGAGGAAGAAAUUGAACAGAAAGCUUGGAAGAAGGAGAUAUUGGAGACGUCAGGACGUUAGUGGUGCGACUGGUUUAGGGAACAACAACGAUUUGCUUUACACCACCCCCAUCAAACUCGGUGAUAAAGUUACCGCUGUGCAUCUCGACACUGGUUCCAGUGAUUUAUGGGCUAUCACAGAAGAUUGUUCCCAAGAUGCUUGUUCACGUCUCUCCCCCUUAACCCACCCCAUCUCUUCCAACGGUCUCAAUAUCACCAACACCAAUGUCGUCAUGCACUAUGGUGAUUCCCUGACAGGCACCAGCGCUACUGGUAAGGUCGCAGUCGACACUGCAACCAUCGCUGGUAUCGCUAUCACCAAUCAACCCUUCGGCGCUGUUACCGCCACGACAAACACUGUCGUUCAAUUUGGUGCUGCUGGGAUACUCGGUCUCGGAUUUCCUAGUGGAAGUGAAAUUCAAGAAGCCAUCGUGUCUGCAGAAACAGGCCCUCUGGUGUCAACAGAUUCGUUUGUAAAGUCGACUUGGAAAUCUGGUCCGGUGUUGUCGCGUAUCAGCAUGACCCACAUGUUGAAAGAUCCCAUGUUCGCGAUUGAACUUCAGAGGAGUACUAUUGACAUUAGUGAAGAAAAUGGUCGAUUGACGAUUGGCGAGCUUCCGGAUGGUGUCGAUCCGAAUAGUAUCACCUGGGUUCCUGUUAAGCUUUAUACCCCUGCUGAAGGUGGAUUAAAGCCCCCUAGUUUCGCACCCGACGAAAUCUAUCCGUUCCGUUGGGAAAUUGAUAUUGAUGGUGUUUUUCUGGACGGGAAGCGACUUGCAGAUUCUACUAUCCCAGUAUCUGGUGGUGUUAACUCAACACGUGUCACUGCUCUUAUUGAUACUGGGAACUCCAUCAUUCGUGGUCCUAGGGAUGUCGUCGAAGACAUACUUGGACGAGUGUCAACUAACUUUAAGCCGGGGGUGGCUAAUUCUGCUACAUUCCCUUGUGAGGUUCCGCACAGGCUUGCGUAUAUGAUUGGUGGCAAGAUGUUCCCGAUUGACCCAAGGGAUUUCAUUGGGGAAGCCAGACCUAACGAUUCAACGACGUGUGUUGCUGAUAAUCUUGUUGAGACUGAUGCUCCUGGUUUUGGUGCGACCUUUCGAUGGAGUUUGGGAGAUCCGUUUUUCAAGUCAAACCUCGUCGCGUUCCAUUAUGGUAAUUUAACACAUCCAUCUGUUGACCCGCCCAGGAUUGGGAUCAUGUCCCGUGUACCAGCGGAUGCGGACGCGAAGCUCACGCAAGCUGUUAAUGAUGCUAAGACUAAUGGUGGAGCAUUUGAGAACACGAUUCAGAUUGCACCCACUGAUAGUGCAGCCACUGCUGCUCAAGUUACUGUAUCUGAUGAUCCUAACAAGGCAAGGCCUACGGGUGUGAACGCUGGUGGUGGUGGUGGUACUGGUACUUCUCCGACGUCUUCAUCUAAGCCUGUCGUUACGAUUGGUAUGGAUGGUCCGAGUGGAGGGUCCAAGAAGAACAACUCUGCUGGUUUUGGUACCUCUGCCACGGUUCAUGCUGGAGGUGGUGUAAUUAUGGCUAUGGUGGGGAUGGUGUUGGGAAGUGUGUUGGUUUGGUGA